AUGGCAGCCACAGAGAAAGACCAUGCUGUGAUCGCUAUAGCGAAGCAACUCAACCACAUCCCAGAGGGCGAGGAGUACGAGAAGAUGAUCUCGGGAAUGCUAUACGACUCGCUUGUCCCCGAACUAGAAGCAGCACGUUGGAAGGCACGCAAAUGGUGUCACAGAUACAACACCGAAUUUCCUGGCCUAGACGACCCAAACUUCACCAUGGCCGACGCCGCCAAGGCACGCUACAAGAAGCUCACACAGAUCUUUGGCAAGGUCGGCGAGGACGCUUUCAUCGAGCCGCCGCUGGUUCUUGAUUACGGCUGUAACAUCUCCAUUGGCGAGAGGUUCUAUGCUGGCAUGAACACCGUAAUCCUCGACUGCUCCCUCGUGCUGGUCGGGCACCGCGUAAUGUUCGGGCCAAACGUGUCCAUCUUCGCGGCAACACACGAGACGGAAGUCUCCUCACGGCGCGAGAACAUCGAGUUCGCACGCAAAGUCGCCAUCGGCGACGACUGCUGGAUCGGCGGCGGCACCGUCAUCCUCCCUGGCGUCACCAUCGGCAAGGGCUGCACCAUCGGCGCCGCCAGCGUCGUCUCCAAAGACAUUCCCCCCUGGUCCGUCGCCAUGGGCAGUCCCGCACGCGUUGUCAAGACGGUCCAAGAGUUGCCCGAUAUGCCUCCUGGACGGGAGAACUUCAGUGCGAUUGAGCGGCAAGGGUGA